GGCCCCGUCAGUGCGUGAGCGCGCGUCGGCAGCGGUGACGCGCACGAGAGAGAUCCCGGCUUGAGGAACAUCAUCAUGAGCUCUAGAAAGGUGUUGGCCAUUCAAGCGCGGAAGAGGAGGCCGAGAGGAAAGAAGGAUAAGACAGGUCAGCAUCGCAGGCCCGACACACAGAAGGUUCCGUCCACUCCCCCCCCUCCCCCUCCUCCUCCCCCCCCUCCUCCACCCCCCCCACCCGAGCCCGUGGCCCCGUCGGAGCCGGAGGAGGAGAUUCUGGGCUCUGAUGAUGAAGAGCAGGAGGAUCCGGCCGACUACUGCAAAGGAGGAUACCAUCUGGUCAAGAUCGGGGACCUGUUCAACGGCAGGUACCAUGUGAUCCGCAAGCUGGGCUGGGGCCACUUCUCCACCGUCUGGCUGUGCUGGGACAUCCAAGCGAAGCGUUUUGUUGCAAUGAAGGUUGUGAAGAGUGCACAGCAUUACACAGAAACGGCACUGGAUGAAAUUAAAUUACUCAGAUGUGUGCGUGAGACAGAUCCUGAUGAUCCUAAUAAGGACAUGGUUGUUCAACUUAUAGACGACUUCAAGAUCUCAGGGGUGAAUGGGAUUCAUGUGUGUAUGGUGUUUGAAGUUCUUGGUCAUCAUUUGCUCAAGUGGAUCAUCAAGUCUAAUUAUCAGGGUUUGCCGUUACCCUGCGUCAAGAGCAUCAUUAGACAGGUUCUGCAGGGGCUGGACUACCUUCACAGUAAGUGUAAGAUCAUCCACACGGACAUCAAGCCAGAGAACAUCCUGAUGUGUGUGGACGAGGCCUUCGUGCGCAGGAUGGCAGUCGAGGCCACCGAGUGGCAGAAAGCAGGAGCGCCUCCUCCCUCAGGAUCCGCCGUCAGCACGGCUCCUCAACUCAAACAGGUGGGGAAGAUUUCCAAAAAUAAGAAGAAGAAGCUGAAGAAGAAGCAGAAGCGUCAAGCGGAGCUGCUGGAGAGACGCAUGCUGGAGAUCGAAGCGCUGGAGCGAGAGGCGGAGAAACAGAGAGUGGGUGGAGCCUCAGACUCCGCCCCCAGCCCCGCCCUGGCGCUGGCAGACAGUGAGGAAGAGGAUGAUGAAGAGGUUGAUGAGGACGAGGAGGCCGAGGGAGAGAAGGAGAGGCCCAUCAGACUCACCAACCACACAUGCGCAGAACCGGAUCAGGACCAGCAGGAAAGUGAGGAGAACGAGGAAGAAGAAGAGUCACCCACACAUACUCCACCCGGACAGCUGGAGGAGCGGGAAAACUCAGGACAACCAGAAGAACAGGAGGGAAAUGAAGAUGCGGGAGAGGAAGAGGAGGAUAAAGCCGAGGAAGAGGAAACAGAAGUCACGCCCACGCAGAACACCACAGAUGAGCUGAAGACACAGGAGAGUACGAACCAGGGAGAAACUGAGACGACAGAGAGACAAGAGGACGAGGAGGAGGAGGAGGAUGAAGAAGAAUACGACGAUGAUGAUGAUGAGGAGGAGGAGGAAGAGGAGGAGGAGGAGGAGGAGGAGGAGGAGGAGGAGGAGGAGGAGGAGGAGGAGGAGGAGGAGGAGGAGGAGGAGGAGGAGGAGGAGGAGGAGGAGGAGGAGGAGGAGGAGGAGGAGGAGGAGGAGGAGGAGGAGGAGGAGGCAGACGGUGAAGGCCAAGAGCACAAUGAAUCCUCUAAGACUAACGGUCAUGUGAUCAUGUGUGUGCAGGAGCGUGAGUCUCCCAGCAUGCCUCAGUCCUCGCUCCUCUGCCCUCUGGUGGAGUCGGAGAUCAGCACGACCGACCGCGAGGCUUCCGACGCCUCCCACGAGCUUCCCAACGGAGAACCCGGACUCCCCAAUGGAGAACCCGGACACCUCAACGCAGAACCCGGACUCCCCAACGGGUCUCGGCACCGGGGCACCACCCCACGCUUCCCCGAGCUCCCGCUGGACCCCACGCUCCCCGACGCCGAGGACGAGGCCCAGGCUCUCAGCGGGAACACUGACCGCAGCAGAACCGUGUCCUCGUCCAGCACCGGGGACACGCCCAGAGCGAGGGUUCGAGCGGCCGAUCUGCUGGUCAAUCCUCUGGAUCCGCGCAACGCAGAUGUUCUGAGAGUCAAAAUCGCUGACCUGGGCAAUGCAUGCUGGGUGCACAAGCACUUCACGGAGGACAUCCAGACGAGGCAGUACCGGUCCGUCGAGGUCCUGAUUGGUGCGGGAUACAGCACUCCAGCCGACAUCUGGAGCACAGCCUGCAUGGCGUUCGAGCUCGCCACCGGAGACUAUCUGUUCGAGCCACACUCGGGGGAAGACUACUCUCGGGAUGAAGACCACAUCGCUCUGAUUAUGGAGUUGCUGGGAAAAAUCCCCCGCAAGAUCAUCGCAGCAGGAAAAUACAGCCGUGAGUUCUUCUCAAAGAAAGGUGAACUGCGGCACAUCACGAAACUCAAGCCCUGGACUCUGUUUGAUGUGCUGGUGGAAAAGUACGGCUGGUCGGCCGAGGACGCUGGUCACUUCACACACUUCUUGUUGCCCAUGCUGGAGAUGGUGCCGGAGAAACGGGCCUCUGCUUCAGAGUGCCUCAACCACCCCUGGCUGAACUCGUAGCACUUCUGCCCCUCAGACUCACUGACGGUUCCACAUUCAGAACUGCAGCCCACCGUCACUAGAGAACUAGAGACUUCAGAGAUACGAGGGUGGGCUUCAACACACACACACACACGGGAGAAACAAGCCUGUCUUUAUACCUGAAGCUUCAUUCACCGUCUUCCUCCACCUCAUUCAACAGAAUUUUACAGGCUGAACACAGAAAGUGAGAUCAUUUCACAUUAACUGACAGAUAAAAAAGACUUUUGACAUUUUAUUUAUGAUAUUUUUAUGAUUAAACAUUUUAAGAUGUUUAAUUUUAAGAAACGGGACAGAGUGUUUUGGUAAGGUUUAUAACUCGUGGAACUCAGUUUCUUCUUGAGGCCUUCAGUGAAACUCUUGUGAAUGUCCUAGAAAAACAAUAAUUUACACAGAUGAAUUAAUUCACACAGAGAUUAAUAUA